AUGGACGUGGACAUGGACGUGGACGUGGACAUGGACGUGGACAUGGACGUGGACAUGGACGUGGACGUGGACGUGGACGUGGACAUGGACAUGGACGUGGACAUGGACGUGGACGUGGACGUGGACGUGGACGUGGACAUGGACGUGGACAUGGACAUGGACGUGGACGUGGACGUGGACGUGGACAUGGACGUGGACGUGGACGUGGACGUGGACGUGGACAUGGACGUGGACAUGGACGUGGACUUGGACGUGGACGUGGACUUGGACGACGUGGAAAUGGACGUGGACGUGGACGUGGACAUGGACGUGGACGUGGACAUGGACGUGGACGUGGACAUGGACGUGGACGUAGAAAUGGACGUGGACGUGGACGUGGACAUGGACGUGGACGUAGACGUGGACGUGGACGUGGACGUGGACGUGGACGUGGACGUGGACAUGGACGUGGACGUGGACGUGGAAAUGGACGUGGACGUGGACGUGGACGUGGACAUGGACGUGGACGUGGACGUGGACGUGGACGUGGACGUGGACGUGGACGUGGACAUGGACGUGGACGUGGACGUGGACGUGGACGUGGACGUGGAAUGGACGUGGACGUGGACGUGGAAUGGACAUGGACACGUGGACGUGGACAUGGACGUGGACGUGGACGUGGACAUGGACGUGGACGUGGACGUGGACAUGGACGUGGACAUGGACGUGGACGUAGACGUGGACGUGGACGUGGACGUGGACGUGGACCUGGACAUGGACGUGGACGUGGACGUGGACGUGGACGUGGACGUGGACGUGGACGUGGAAAUGGACGUGGACGUGGACGUGGACGUGGACGUGGACGUGGACAUGGACAAGGACGUAGAAAUGGACGUGGACGUGGACGUGGACAUGGACGUGGACGUGGACGUGGACAUGGACGUGGACGUACAAAUGGACAUGGACGUGGACGUGGACAUGGACGUGGACGUAGACGUGGACGUGGACGUGGACUAA